AUGAAUGCAGUUCCGGAAUGUCCAGCCGAACUGGACAAGUAUUGGUCCAGUAUCGGCCAGAGCAUGCUGACGCUCUUCUACGCCAUCACCAACGGGGUUGCCUGGUCAGACGCCGUCCGCCCGCUGGAGGAUGUUUCUGUACUGGCUGUCGGCUUCGUGAUCUUCUACAUCAUCAUCAGUGUUUUCACGUUGUUGAAUGUGGUGACAGGCGUCUUCGUGAACACCGCCAUCGAGCGAGCAAGUGCGGACAAAGACAUCGCCGCACUCAAAGCUUUCCAGAAGCGCAAGGAGCAAAUCCAGGUGCUGCGGCACGCCUUCGAGGCGAUGGACCACUGGCAGACGAACAAUCUGAAGAUCAAGGACAUCGAGGAGGCGAUGGGCUUGGAAAGCGUGGGUGCGUUCUUGGAGUCUUUGGACAUAUCCACCGACGACAUCCGGAUGCUCUUCACGCUCAUCGACGCCGACAACAGUGGUUCGAUCGACCUGGAAGAGUUCGUGUCGGGUUGCAUGCAGCUGCAUGGGCCGGCGAAGAGCCUUCAGCUGGCGAAGAUGAGCUACGAGAAUAAGAUCACCCGGGAAGCGGUGAACACGAUGGGAGCCAACAUCCGGACGAUCCUGGCCAGGAUGGAGGUGAUGAUGAAGCCUUCCGGGCUUAUCCGUGAGCCCCUGUGA